CGCGCGGAGCCUCCCCAGCCCCCAGCCGAGGGUCUCCCGCCCCGGGGCUCGGAGCGGCCCCUCCUCCAGCCGGGCCCGCGGCGGGGGCCGGAGUAACGUUAGGGUCUCCCGGGAGACGGGCUCCGCACAAGAUGGCGGACGAGAGAGAGAGAGAAGAGAUUUUAGUAGCAGAAUAUCACAAGAAAAUCAAAGACGCGUUUGAAGUGUUUGACCAUGAAACGAAUAAUACAGUGGAUGUGAGAGAGAUUGGCACAAUCAUCAGGUCAUUAGGAUGCUGCCCCAGUGAGGGAGAGCUGCAAGAUCUGAUUGCAGAGGUGGAGGAGGAAGAACCCACUGGAUACAUAAGAUUCGAAAAAUUUCUUCCAGUGAUGACGAGUGUACUGCUAGAAAGAAGAUACCGACCAGUUCCAGAAGAUGUCCUUCUUCGAGCUUUUGAGGUUUUAGAUUCAGCUAAACGCGGGUUUCUUACUAAGGAGGAACUGGUCAAGUACAUGACAGAAGAAGGUGAGCCUUUUUCUCAAGAAGAAAUGGAAGAAAUGUUGUCUGCUGCAAUUGAUCCAGAGUCAAACGCAAUUCAUUACAAGGACUAUAUAGCAAUGAUGGUGAUAGAUGAGCAUUAAACAUUCCAAGUUCUAAAUGAAAAGAUAAUUAAAAAAUUCACAUUUCAUCUUGUAAUUCCUAUAUGUGAUAUAUAAUACAUUGUAAUAUAACUAUUUCAAGAUUUUGGGGUGUUUUUUGUAGAAACAGAGUCUCACUUUUUUGCCGUCGGUAGAGUGCCGUGGCCUCACACAGCUCACAGCAACCUCCAACUCCUGGGCUUAGGCGAUUCUCCUGCCUCAGCCUCCCGAGUAGCUGGUACUGCAGGCGCCCACCACAAUGCCCAGCUAUUUUUUUGUUGCAGUUUGGCUGGGGCCGAGUUCGCACCUGCCACCUUGCGGUAUAUGGGGCCAGUGCCCUACCCACUGAGCCACAGGUGCUGCCCAAUAUUUUGUUUUUUAAAGAUGAUC